AUGGUUUUCGUCAUAACUAUUCAAAUCGUCUGUAUACUUUCCCUGUUAUACCAUAUUUUAAUCUUUCACAUUUUCUGUCUUUUUAUUUAUUUAUUUUUAUCUACAGGUGAUCGUCUUCUCGACAUUCCGUGUAAAGUAUGCGGUGACCGUAGCUCGGGGAAGCACUACGGUGUUUACGCCUGCGAUGGGUGCAGUGGUUUCUUCAAGCGAAGCAUCCACAGAGGCCGAGUCUACGUCUGCAAGCAACAAGGGAAAGGAGGAGGAGAUUGCCCCAUAGACAAGACCCAUCGCAACCAAUGCCGGGCAUGCAGGCUUAGGAAAUGCUUCGAAGCCCAGAUGAACAAGGAUGCUGUGCAACACGAACGUGGUCCACGCAAGCCAAAGAACAAGCCUAUGGUUUCGAUAGAUGCCCGAUCGACAGGAACUCCUGGUACAAUUCGAUCCCAGACCCCAACCAGUACCACAUCGCUAAGCCCCUUGCCCCGUCAUACCGGGCACUCAAUCUUGCCCUUAACCAUACCGCACCGCCCCCUAACCGGGGACAAGUCCUCGCUUACAGGUGCCUCAGCCCCGCUGCCUCCCCCGUCGAGUGGCUUCAUAUCUACGUCUGUUUACUACGGAACGUUCUACCAUAGCUUACUCACCGCAGAGCACUACAACAUCAACCCGCUCGCGCUGGACGCCGUACGGCAGGAUGACGGCGGCGAGGUGGGUCGAGUGAAGGGGCUUGGAACGACAUCUCCAGAUAAUUUGCUCGAAGUGACGGCGAGGCUUCUUUUUACCUCUGUGAAGUGGGCGAAAAACAUCACCUGUUUUCGAUUGCUGCCAUUCAGAGAUCAGCUUAUCCUUCUUGAAGAAACCUGGAGAGACUUGUUCCUGAUGGGGAUGUGUCAGUGGGCGGUCCCUCUCGAAUCAGACGCCCUCCUUAAAUCCUUAGCGGUGAGCAUGAGUGUGAAGGGAGUCAAGACUUCAGCCGAAACUACGGCAGAGCUCGCAGCGCAGGUCCGAUACAUGAAGGAGACGGUUGCUAAGCUACGGGCGAUGAAAGUCGACUUCACCGAGUUCGCGUGCCUGAAGGCUAUAGCAUUGUUCAAAUCAGAGACCCGUGGUCUGAGCGAGCCCCAUCGCGUCGAGUCUCUCCAAGACCAAGCCCAGGUCAUGCUCGGGGACUACGUACGGUACGCUCACCUCUCCCAACCCCCACGGUUCGGCCGACUUCUCCUCAUGCUCUCUGCUCUUCGGGCCGUCAGCAGCAAGUUUUUAGAGAAGCUCUUUUUCAAGCAAAUCAUCGGAGAGAUACCGAUCGAAAGAUUGCUCAGUGACAUGUUCCAGACUUGUUAGAUGAAUUACCACGAUUACUUAAAAAAAAACAACAUUACAUUAAAUUCGAACUAUUUUUUUUGCAGGUUGUUUUGUUUAAUUGAUUCAAAUAAAACUUAAAUAAACUAAAUGACUAAACGAUUUGCACAUCAAUUUAGCCAGAUGCAUCAAAUAUAGCUUGGGUGGGGCACCCCAACAAAUAAUUCGAAAUUUCAAAAUUCAAGUUUUGUACAAUUGCUAUUCAUUCGUCUGCCUCCACAGCCCCCCCCCCUCCAUCCUACCCAUCCCGAAAAUGGAUCUUAUCUUGUUUAACAAUACCUGUCACUAUGACACUCAU